GUUGGUCGGUCGGGGCCUUUUAUCUCUCUCGCGAUGUUAUCCGAGAGUGCAAUAGACAUCAUUUAGCGUGUUCAAACAGAUAACAAGUGAAUUGUCGUGAUUUUUCCUCUCGAGUGGGAAAGUGUGUGCCGUGUGUGAUAUUUGACGCCGGGCCUUUUUGUAUUUAUUUUAUUGUGUGAGUUCAUCAUCUAAUCCGUGCGUGCCAUAAAACAGACGCUCUAUGCGAGCCGGAGGAUAGCGCGCCGUGCGCCUUUCGAUGAUAAAAUAGUCGUCGAGUGUGCACAAAGGGUUGCGCCAAAGGAAUUAUGUGAUUUCGUCCGACCGACAGCUUUGAUUUUGGCCAUGGCCCUUUCCACGUCACUUGCAAACGGUCUGCUCGCGCUCCUCGUGCUCCACCAUCUUCAACUCACAGUCGGCAUUCGGUGGAUGGCGUUGCAUCGGGUCUCACCGAGUGUUUGGAACGUUUCAAGCCCCAUAGCGUUCAGCGGCGGCGGCGGCCACUGGCGACGAGCGCUCAAGGACGACUUCGGCCUCUCAAAGAGGCAAGAACGUUUCUGCAGGGAAGCCCCUGAACUGCUACCCCUGCUGAGCAAGGCGGCCCAAACGGCCCUGGCCUCCUGCCAGCAGGCCUUCCACGAUCGGAGGUGGAAUUGCUCCAGCCUGACGGAGGCGCCGCGUCUCUCGCCAGACCUCACAUCAGGUACAAGAGAACAGGCGUUUGUCUACGCUUUAACUUCGGCCGCAGUGGCGCACACCGUGUCCAAAGCGUGCGCCACCGGAGCCCUUUACGACUGUCCGUGUGCGACCACCCCCAGGACGCCUCCUGACGGUAAUUUUAAGUGGGGCGGCUGCGGAGACAACGUGGCCUACGGACUGACAGUGAGCAAGAAAUUUCUGGACGUGUUGGAGCGUGGAAGGGCGCGGACCGAGGAGGAUGAAGAGCUCCAGAGUUUGGCCAACUUACAGGGUGCCAACGUUGUUAACAAGAGGAAGUCGCUUCUUGCCCUCGUCAACUUGCACAACAAUAGAGCGGGGAGAAGGGCUUUGGAAAUGAGCGUCACGCAACAAUGCAAGUGUCAUGGGGUGAGCGGGUCGUGCAACAUCAAGACCUGCUGGCGCGCCCUGACAAAGGUGCACGACGUGGCGCAGCGGCUGAAGCGUCGUUACGCGACCGCCACUGAGGUGGCCAUGCAGAAGCGCGGCAUCGCAGGACGCAGGCACUUGCAACCAACCCUGCUGACCAUCGCCAAGCUGCCGGCGGGUGGCAGGGUCACCCCUUUCGGCAAGGAGGACCUGCUCUACGCGGUUAAGUCGCCCGACUACUGCAAUCGGGACAGCAAGUACGGCAGUCUUGGCACUCGCGGAAGGGCCUGCAAUUCGAGCGAGGAGGCCAAGCAUCAGUUUGACGCUUGUUCGAGCAUGUGUUGCGGGCGCGGCUUUGUCACCCGGAGGGAGGAGAUUCUCGAGAGGUGUCAUUGCAAAUAUCACUGGUGCUGCUACGUCAAGUGCAAAACCUGCCAAAGGACAGUUUUUGUCAGCCAGUGCAUUUAGUAUUUUCCAACCAAAAUUUGUGCAUUUAUUUUAAUUGAGUAUCUUCCUCGACUGAUUUUUCCAUUGCAGUACUUUAAUUUCAUAUUUUAUUUCUCUACAUUUGUUCUUUUGUAUUUAAUUAUAAUUUUAAACUCUAAAUAACUUUUUUUCGUAUUGGUCUAUUGGAAUAGUCAAAUGAGAAUUGUAUAUUUAAGCCAAGGAACUUCAACCAAAAUCUUGUCUUACCGACUUCAUUUGUUGUAUGAAAAUUGAUAAAACUGAACAAAAAAUUCCAUAACUGUGCCUUUCAAGAGUUUUGUUUUUGUACGUUAUUAUGUUAACCAUGUAUGUAAGGUCUCUGUUUUUGCAAAAUGACCAGUCAUGUUCACUUUCAAAAAUUUAAACACAAGAACAUUUUAUUAAAUAAAGUAACUUACAAAGCGAUGAGUUUGUCACAAUUCGGAGUGAGGAAAGCUUUUCUGAGAGUCUUCUUUCAAUUGUUGUUGCUGUUGGUGGUGAUGUUCAGAAUUCACCCGUUCCUGAACCUGUUUGAUUUCCUCGUCGUAGC